AUGUCGCACUGCGAUCAAGCCAUUGGCCCUCGCGUUGACCCAUCAUGCCGCUCCUUUGACUUUACCCUCUACUUUCAGGAUCUCUUCUUUACCAUAACACCAAACGCCGCCCUCCUUAUCCUCCUGGUCCUGCCAGGCGUACGUCUCCUCAAAGCCCAGGAUGUCGUUAGACGCACAAAAUCAGCCGCAGUCAAGGCAGCUCUGUAUGUCGUACUAUUUACAUGUCAGACAAUCUUUCUGGCCCUCAGAUCUCGGCAACCGCAGCUGCACACCCCUGCCUCUGUCGCCGCCGAAGUGUUCGCCGUCGUGACCACCCUCGCCGUCGCCAGCAUCUCAUGGCUCCAGCACCACCGCUCCGAGCAGCCCUCAGCAUUACUCGCCAUCUUCUUUGCCCUCAUCUCCCUGCUCAAUGUCGCACGCGUUAGGAGCCUGUGGCUCAUACCGCAUUCGACGGGACCGGCAGUCUUGCAGACUCUUGUCCUGCUCCAGGGCGUUAGUGUCUUGUUCGCAGAGUCUCUUGGCAAGAAGAACGCCCUGAGGUUCCCCGAAAAGUUUCACUCUUCUGGUCCGGAGCCAUUUACGGGAUUCUGGAAUCUCGUCGGUUUUUCUUGGCUCCUCGGGACCCUGAGCCGCGGAUAUCACAGCAUUCUCUCCGUAGACGACCUCCCAGACCUCGAUUACCGCCUCCACUCGGAGGCUCUGCGAGAAAAGCUGGCCAGAUUGCUCACUUACCUCACUACAGAUGACAAGACUCAGAAACGCAGUCUACUGGUGGCAUGCCUCCGCGCCUAUGCCCCUUCUUUCCUGUCGGCGAUCAUCCCGCGCCUCAUCCUAAGCGCCCUUAAGUUCACACAGCCCUUCAUGAUCACCAAGCUCAUCCACUUCGUAGGCGAAAAGGGCAUGCCAGACGACUUUGGCCGAGGCCUGAUAGGUGCCUAUACACUCGUCUAUCUCGGCAUGGCUGUAUCGACGGCACUAUACGGGUACAUGACGUUUCGAUUCCUCAUACGUCUGAGGGGUGGCCUCAUAGCUCUCAUCUACCAGCAAACCGUCGAGGCACGAGCCGUUGACCUCAGCAGCAUCAGCGGCCUCACCCUCAUGGGUACCGAUGUGGAGCGCAUCGUCCUUAACUUUCAAACAAUACACGAGGUCUGGGCAUCGCUCGUAGAUAUUUCCAUUGCCAUCUUCUUGCUGCAAAGGCAGAUGUUUCUCGCAUGCCUUGUCCCGGGAGUCGUUACUUUCAUAUUCGUGCUGGCCACAUUCAAGUUUUCGGCCUGGGCUAAGGCUGCCCAACGAGUGUGGAUUGAAAACGUCGAAAGGCGACUGGGCAUCACCACCGUCGUGAUUGGGGCCAUGAGGACCGUGAAAAUGCUUGGGCUCAGCGAAAAGAUGUCCAAAAUCAUCAGCAACUUUCGCACAGUCGAAAUUGACAGCUCCUCGAGAUACCGCAAGAUUCUCAUCGGCAUCAUCUUCUUCUCCGUCUUGCCACAGAAUCUUGCACCAAUGCUCACAUUUGCUGUAUUUUACGCCAUAGCUGCCGCGAGGGAUGACAAUUCGAUUCUUGCAGGACAGGCAUUCGCAUCACUCUCUCUCAUCGCUCUUGUCACAUUGCCAGCUCUGACAUUUAUAAAAGCCAUCCCGGCCCUCAUCCAGUGCUUUAGUAGCUUUGACCGGAUUCAAGAGUACUGCAGCCAGCCUGUUCGACCUCGUCAUCUACUGGAGAACCCCAGCUCUCACCAAGCACCAUUGGGAGACGACAAAAUAGGAUCCGAAGUGGAACUGGCCAUAAUGCAGCCGAGUUGUCUUCAGACAACUGUCGACCAGCCCCUUAUCCGUUUCCGCAACCAGGAUAUUGCGUGGGAAAAAGCUGGUCCUGCAAUCCUCAAAACCCUCAGAGCUAACAUCCAUGAACGGCGAUUCACAGUCGUCCUCGGACCAACAGGGAGCGGCAAAUCGACUCUUUUGGAAAGCAUACUUGACGAGGCAAUCUCAUUGGGGGGUGAUACAGACCGACGCUUCUCCACGGCUGCAUACUGUGCCCAAGUGCCAUGGUUGAUCAAUGGCAGCGUCCGAGACAACAUUGUAGCCGACGCCUCAGGCCUAGUAGAUGAAAAGUGGUACGCGACAGUUCUUUGGACCUGUGGACUGGAGAGCGAUAUUGCCACUCUCGGACAAAGGGACCGUACUCCAGUUGGGAACGGCGGCAGCAAUUUGAGCGGUGGUCAAAGGCAGCGCGUCUCUCUGGCGCGGGCCGUCUAUUCGAGGAAGAAGCUUAUUCUCCUAGACGACGUCUUGAGCGGCGUCGAUGCCCGCAAUGCUGCUCUUAUAUCGGAACGGCUUCUCGGACGUCAGGGGCUUCUUCGCAGAGGGCUGUCUACCGUAGUGCUCGUUACUCAUGCCCCGUCCCUCAUAUCCCUUGCUGACGAUGCCAUCAUUGUGGGAAACGGCACCAUCACCGAGUUUGGUAGCAUAGACCUAUUGAGAGCGUCGGGCGGAUAUGUCGCCGGCCUCCAACUCAAGUCACAGUCAGAGUCGGGUGGGAUAGAGACAUCUUCAUCCGAUGAGGAACCUUCGCACCCCGCGAAUAAUGUAGCCGCAACUGCCACAGAAGCACUCAUGGAGCUUAACGUGGAAGCGCAUGAUCUGAAGCGUCAGACUGGUGACUUUUCCGUCUACAGCUAUUAUUCCAGAGCUGGGGGUCAUGGGACUGUCGCCACGAUGCUGAUCAUAGUGGCUUUGUGGGUGUUCUGCACCGAAUUCUCCGUCGUCGUCGUCGAUUGGUGGUCCGCCGCCAAUGCAAAGAGUCAGGACCGUAGCAACAAUAGGCUGUACCUGGGCGUAUACGUCGGGAUGGGCUUCCUCGGAGCAGGCUUCCUGCUCAGUGAGUUGUGGCUCAUAUUUGUCACCAUCAUAUCCAGAACCGCUAAGCACCUCCAUGAAGAUCUUCUCAAGACGACAAUGAGCGCCCCCUUACGCUUCUUUCAGGAAACUGACGUUGGCUCUAUCACUAACCGGCAAGUUGAAAGCUUCAGUCAGGAUAUGGAGCUAAUUGGCCUGGAUCUUCCCACUAUCGCUGCUAAUUAUAUUAUCGCUUUGUUCGAAUGCGUCGCCAAGGUCAUCCUUCUCGCCGUCUUUGCCAAGUAUCUAUCAGCAACACUCCCUUUGAUUGCGGGAAGCGUCUUCUUCGUGCAGCGGUUUUAUCUGCGGACGUCUCGUCAGGUGCGACUACUUGAUAUUGAGGCAAAAGGCCCCGUGUAUCUGCACUUUCUCGAGACAACUAAUGGGGCCAACACGGUCCGGGCAUUCGGAUGGCAACGUGCAUUCAGGCAGAAGCUUCAUACUCUGCUUGACCAUUCGCAGAAACCAGUGUAUCUACUCUAUUGCAUUCAACAAUGGCUUGCCCUAGCAUUGGAUCUCAUCGUGGCAGUACUCGCGGCCGUCCUUGUUACGAUUCUGGUGGUUUGGAGGGACUCAUUCGAUCCGGGAGCCGUCGGCGUCUCGCUCGUCACGGUAAUGACUUUCAACCAAGUCCUGGCCCUACUCGUCAAAUCCUGGACCGCGCUCGAGACCUCGAUCGGUGCAGUCGGAAGGGUCAAAUCAUUUGUGGAGAAGACGAUAUCGGAGGAAAAAGAGUUGGGAAUAGGCCAGCCUCUAGUUGCGCCCGACAACUGGCCGACGAGAGGUGCAAUUUGCUUUCAGAACGUGACGGCAACCUACAAAUCUGGCGGUCACCCGGUCCUAAGAAAUCUUUCUAUUUCCAUCGCCGCUGGUGAGAAGGUGGCGAUUUGUGGGCGUUCGGGUAGCGGAAAGACCUCGUUCAUAUUGAGCAUACUUCAUAUGAUCAAUUUCACCGGUUCCAUCUCAAUAGACGGAGUAGAGACGCAGAGCUUGAUCCCAUCGGAUCUCCGUUCGCGCAUCAACGUUGUGCCGCAGGAGCCUUUCCUGAUGCCUAGAUCAAUACGGUUCAACAUUGACCCUCUAGGUCAAGUACGAGACGAGGCCAUAAUCUCGACUCUGCGGCGCCUGAAGAUCUGGGAUAGAGUAAUGGAUUGUGGCGGCCUUGAUGCGCAGACGUCACUAUCCUUGUGGUCUGUGGGGGAGAGGCAGCUGUUGUGUUUAGCAAGGGCCAUGGUUCGGAAAAGUCAGAUCUUGAUACUAGACGAGGCCACAAGCAGCGUCGAUGCCUUGACAGAGUCUGUGAUGCAGGAUGCUGUGGAUGGCGAGGUCUCCACCCGAACUGUUCUAGCCGUCGUCCAUCGGCUGCGAUACAUUGAAAGAUUCGACAAAGUUGCAGUCUUAGAUGGAGGCGUACUCGUCGAGUUUGACAAGCCCAGCACACUGCUGGCGGGAACGUCACUGCUGGCUGACAUGUACAAGGCCGGAAAGCAAGAUAGAAACUCGGAGUAG